UUUAGUAUCUAAAUAAUGCUGUUUGACAAAAUACACAUUCUUCUACUAUGGCUUUUGUUUCUGAAAGCUGAAGGCACAUUGAAUUGGGAGAGCCGUAAGGAGUUCCUAGUUACAGAAUCCGCGAAAAUGGACCUAAUGCAGUUGGACGGCGAACUAAUCGACAGUCUAAUGAAUUACGCCGAGAAAAUUGAGCAGAAGGUUUCCAAACUAAAGAGACUUGCUCAGGAGUUAAGGCAGCCUUUAAAGGCUGCGAAAGGCAGAGAAGAGGAGUACCUGGGCAAUCCCCUCCACAGUUUCCCACUCAUUCGACACAUGUACCAGGACUGGCAGUACCUGCAGGAGUUCAUAAAGAAGCCAGUGGGAGAAGAGGAAAUCGAUUUCCUAAGAAGGAAGUUACCUGAAUUGCCCUGGCAGGCGGAUACCGAGGAAGCCGCCGUCUCCAUCUUCCGAAUGUCCGAAACCUAUGGCAUGAUGCCCUGGGAAAUGGCCAACGGACUCAUCGACAACGUGCGGUUUAACUCCACAAUGUCAGCUCUGGAUUGUUUCGAAGUCGCGAAGUUGUACUUCAAGUGGGGCUACUUCAAGCAGGCACUGCAGUGGAUCAGUAUCAGCAAAACUCGGAUGAAAGAGGAGUACUCGGGAGUGUACGAAGUGCUGGGAAUGACUGGCCAGGAUGUGGCACUGCUGCAGGCGCGCUGUUUGGUGGAACUGGACCUGAGGGAUGUAGCACGCGAGGUGCUGCUGAAGCAGCCUGAUCUCGCAGAGAAUUCGACUAACUGGCUGGACCGAUUCGAGGCCAAUCCUUACGAGGCAGUGGAUAGUUCGCCCAAGUUAGAUGAAGACUACAAAAGACUCUGCCGCUCCUCGUUCUCGCCGAGGCCUUCCAAACUCCUCUGUCGCUACAACAGCAGCACGUCGCCCUUCCUGAUCUUGGCUCCCCUCAAGAUGGAGGAGAUCUCCCUGGAACCCUAUGUAGUGGUGUACCAUGACAUCCUGCCGGACAAGGAUAUGCUGCAGUUAAUAGCCUUGGCGGAGCCACGUUUGAGACGCACAGAAGUGUUCGAAGAGGAUAAGAGUGAGGCAAGGACCAGUGACCGCUCAGCCCUCGGAACCUUUCUUCCUUUCAAGGACAUGAAUCCAUCUGGUGGACCACUUUUGAAUCGCUUGACGCAGAGGAUGCGGGAUAUCACUGGACUACAAAUCCGCCAUGGAAGUCCCUUUAAUAUCAUCAAAUACGGGUUUGGGGCUCACUACGCUACCCACUUUGACUUCUUCAACGAGACAAACUCGGAAACUGAUGGACACGGCGAUCGGAUGGCCACCGUUCUUUUUUAUCUAAAUGAUGCUCCAAAUGGAGGUGCCACUGUCUUCCCGCGCAUAGAUGUUAAAGUUCCUGCGGAACGGGGAAAAGUUCUGUUCUGGCACAAUCUGAAUGGCGAAACCCACGAUGUGGAGCCCAACUCUUUGCACGCCGCUUGUCCCGUUUUUCAAGGCUCCAAGUGGGUAAUGGCAGCCUGGAUACACGAGUAUGAUCAGAUGUUCAUUCAACCCAUGUACCGUGAGGGAAAGAUGAAACCCUGAAAUAUGCUUAAAAUUUUAUUUAAAACUUUAGAUAAAACCCCUA